AAAAUUGGUUGGUGAGCGUCGCGGCCAAGCCAGCGCCAGCCACGACGACCCGGGCCAGGAGGAAGCAGCAGUUCAACACCACCUCUUCUUCCUCCGCCGGCCACUUACUUGCUCCUCCCUUGGUUUUUAUAUACCACAUACUGACACGAGCCAAGGAAUUCAUUAGCUGCUCCAUUGAUCGAGGAUGACCGGAGUUCAGGUGAUGCCGGGGGUGGGCGCGGUGACCACGGUCGACGUGAGGGCGGAGGGCGGCAAGGCGAUGGCAGUGCUCGCGAGGAGGCGCGUGGGGGUGGGGAGCAGCUCAAGCACGAGCCUGUUCGCCGGGGACUCGAGGAGGAGGCCUCGCCGGGCGACGUGCUCGGUCAGGCUCAGGCAGUGUGGCCGCGGCAGGGGCGGCAGGAGCGGCGGCCUCGCCAUCGUAAGCAACCUCGGGGGCAACUACGAUGUUGGCUUUGGCGACGUCGACUUGCAACUGAUGAACUACUUCACCUACAAAGCCGUGAGGACCGUGCUGACCCAGCUCUACGAGAUGAACCCACCCAGCUACCGCUGGCUCUACAACUUUGUUGCCGUAAACAAGCCCACCGAUGGCAAGCUCUUCCUCCGCGCUCUUGGAAAGGAGAGGCAGGAGCUUGCAGAGCGAGUGAUGAUAACCAGGCUUAGCUUGUACGGGAAAUGGAUCAAGAAGUGCGACCACGCGAAGAUGUACGAGAAGAUCUCGGAGGAGAACCUGGAGCUGAUGCGGGAGAGGCUCAUGGAGACGGUCAUCUGGCCAACCGACGACACCAACACGGAGAAGAUCGGCUGAUGCAACAUGCAUGCGGUUUCUGUGAUCUCAGCCGCUCAACUUCAUCAAUUAAUUAGCUCAUCGGUUAAUUAGGUAGAGCGAGGACUAUGCAUGCAUGCACGCACGAUUGAGUCAAACAUGUGUAUAUAAUGUACGUAUGUGAUCUACUAGCACAGAGUGUAUAUGGUUCGGUCUUUUGGUGGAGAUACUGCAAACUGCUUCGUGCCAUUCGCAUGCAUCAAGCCUGCGGCCACUGGACAGUGUAUAAUGUGCCUGUGUUCUGUCGAUAGGCACAUUGACUAGCUGGGUUCAAUGUAUGGAUUUAUUCAUCACUUAUCGGUGCAAGGGUGUGUUUGAGGAGUUAUUAUAUACAAAUAAUGCUCACCUGUUA